UCGCCCUUUCAAAAGUAGCACAGUCAACAAGUAAAUGAACCACCGUUUGGUCGGUUCUGUCGGUCGUCACAGUCGCACGCGGGGGUGACUUCAGUUUGAGUCUGUGUAAAUAGUGUCCCAAAUCCCCAUGGCCAGUCAGGACCUGCACCAUGUGACGUGCAAAACGCCUUGUCUUUAAAGAUUCACUUUUUGAGUUAAUUAUUUUUACCCUAACUAAAGGCGUAAUAAAUUCAUUGUAACAGUGACAUUUAUAAUUGUCAUCUGCCAUGUGCGAUAUGUCAAUUGUAAUAGUUUAGUUACUAGUUAGACUUAGUAUUGUAGUGUUAUUGAUCAUAAAAAUAGAUGGCUAGCAAAUUAACCAAAAUAAUACAUUAACUAAUUACUCUUUAGUUUUGCUAAUUGUUAUUUUCUUCUGCGUUUACUAAAUUUUAGAUAUUUCAUUGAUACAUCGCUUAACUGUUGAACAGCUCUUCGAAUAAAACGAAUACUUCUAAAUGUAUUCAGGAAUUGAUAAGUUCUCAUGUUUUAUUUAAAUUUUUAUUUAAAUAUAUAUCUAUAUCAACAGAUUCAAUUGAAUAUCACGUCGAAUCAACAUGAAUAUAGAGGCAAACAGGCUUAGUACCUUUACUAACUGGCCUUCGUCAGCUCCUGUUGAUCCAAUAAGAAUAGCCCGAGCUGGAUUUUUCUACACAAGUAAUGGAACUGAGGUUGAAUGUUUUAGCUGUGGUGGAAAGAUUUCUGAGUGGAAUUAUGGUGAUCAAGUUAUGGGGCGUCACCGUAUGAUGGAUCCCAAUUGUUUGUUUGUUGUAUCACCCCAUCUAUCUGGAAAUGUUCCUUCUGUAGUUAAUCCAGCAUAUACCUUAAGAAGUGAAGAGAGUAGUUCAUCAAGACCUGUAGAUAUAUCUGUUACCCCUAUGCAAUAUGAAUUAACUCAAGAUGAUCUUAUGUAUAGAAGUGAUGCUCUAAGACUACUUUCAUAUGUUAAUUGGGAUGACUCAUCUUUUUCACGAGAAGCACUAGUGAAUGCUGGUUUUUAUCAUGCUGGCGGUGGGCGUCUGCGAUGUGCUUGGUGUGGUGGUGAAUUGAGAUCAUUAACUAAUAUGGGAUUAGAAUCACCUCUUGAGAUACACCAGAUGUAUUUCCCAAUGUGUGAAUUUGUAACUAGAAGAGCGAGAAUAGAUAAUGUUAAUAUAGAGAUAUCAGAAAACAUACAUGACUUACCAGAGUUCAGAGUUGAUACUCCUCAACCACAGGGCACAAUACCUCUGCAAACUGGAGCGGAACAUAAUGAGCAAGUAGUAGCAGCUGGAAGUACCUGGAGAGAUCUGGGAGUUGUUAGCGGAGGAGCUAGGCAUCCUACAAAGGCCUCUUUGGCAGCCCGAAUGGCAAGUUUUGAUUGCAACUGGCCCCAAGAUCGGCCUCAAGCACCUUGCUCAUUAGCUGAAGCUGGCUUUUUCUAUACUGGAUUAGAAGAUCAGGUUCGUUGUUUUUAUUGUGACGGUGGUCUGGGUAAAUGGGAGGCGGGCGAUAUACCGUGGCGAGAGCACGCGCGUUGGUUUCCACAAUGCGGAUACGUGUUACUCGUUAAAGGACAGCAGUUCGUUGAUACGGCCCGUAGCAGUAACUCACGACGGACGGUGUCAUCAGCUGAACGUGGCAUACUAACUUCAGGACCCCGUAAUGCUUCUAUAAACUUUCCGGUUACUGAAAGUCAGAUAGAGAAUUGUAUGGAAAGCAAUGCGGCGGCUGAUGCCCUUGGAGCCGGUUUGGAUGCAGCGCGAGUCAGACGGGCUAUUGUUAGACGGUUGCAGGCCACAGGAUCGCCAUUUCCGAAUUCCGAGUCGUUGAUAGAUGCUGUUCUGGAUGAUCAGUUGAACGAAGAAGCCUGGAGUACGGUCUCCAGUCAGCGAUUUGCUAGGGACAUACUCGCUGAGACACUGCGAGUCUUUGAUACAAGAGCUAGGGCCCUACACCUGGAUGAAGACAGGUCCGACAGCAGGCAGUCUUCCGAGAGCUCUUCAGCAUCACCCCUACCAGAACAGCCUCGACCAAUUAAAUUAAUAAAUUCAGAGAAGGAAAGACCAAAGACACCAGUUGAAAAGAAAGAGAUGACCUUGGAGGAAGAAAAUCGACAGUUAAAGGAAGCCAGACUAUGCAAAGUGUGUAUGGAUAAUGAGGUCAGCAUGGUAUUCCUGCCAUGCGGUCAUUUAGUGUCCUGUGGCAUGUGCAGUACGGCCCUAACAUCAUGCCCCUUAUGCCGUGCCUCGGUUAAGGCGCUCGUCAGGGCCUACUUCGCCUGACAACCCACCAGCACGAAUACCUUAUUUUGCCGACGCUACUUGAGCUUGCAACCAAACCACGAUAGCACAUUGUCGUUAUUAUUAAAAUAUUUAUUUUAAUAUAUGUGAUAGUUGAUAUUAAUUAAGUUUAUAAUUGUUUAAAAUGUUUGACGAAAUAUUCUGACGUGAAAUAUGGUAUACUAUAAGUAAUAAUUAAUGUAUGUAUCAUGUGAUUGCUGUCUGAAGAAGAUUUUCGAAAUAUGGCGCAUUAUAUAAUUAACUUUUUAUGUGAAUAAAUUUUUUAGUAUUAUAAAAACAUAUGAUUAAGAACAAAACUUUCCAAAUAAAAUAGUUUUUUUAACAAAGCAAAUUACCGUUAAAUACAUGGUAUUAAUUCUACUUAAGACUUUUGUCAUAACUGUUAAUUUUACGGUAAAAUAUAUACUUAUUAAUUACAUUGUCUAAACAUAUAAUGGGAUGUGGCCGGUCUUAUAAAAUUAUUGCAUGUACACUGUUUCAUUUAUGUUUGAAAUAAAAUUUUACAUAAUUAAUUAUGAAAUUCCAAAAUCUACGUAGAUUGUAAAAUUUGAAACACCUUUGUAGUUGAAUUAAUUGGAUCUUUGUUUAUGUUGUAAUAAAUCAAUCAAAUAUGUAUCUGAUCUUAUCAUUAACUUUAUAUUGUAUUUUUUAUAAUCAUUCAAUGACUCAUUUGAUGACGUGUUUAAAAUUCUUUUUUUUUUUUUUCCUUUGGCUCUAACACUGUUUGUGCAUUAGCCAGCGUCAAGUAUGGGAUAUUUAAAAUUCUUAAAUUCAGAUUUGAUACACCGAUUAUAGAUAAUAUUUUUUUUAUAGUUGUCAAGUGUUGCCAUUUAUUUGCUUUUUAAACAUACCAGCUAUAGUCUACUUAUCGUUUAGUAUCACAUCCGUACUUUACGCAUUUGAUUUGACAUACGCUAGACAUGGCUAAAUUUCGACUCUGAAUGGGUAUAGACUUCGCUCGUCUGGUAGUUAAGAUUAUUGUUUGAUUUCUAAAUAUCAUCUGCUAAAACAUUGCUAUUCUUAAAUAAAUUCAGAGACUAUUUUAAUAGGUGUUUAAGUGUCUCAGAAUGUUUGUGUAUAAUUAACAUCUUGUUUGCGAUUAGCAGAACGAACAAUGUUGGGAAUACUGUUUCCAAAAUAUAUAUUUUAUAAAAAAUGCAAUAUGAAGUUUCGUUUUCUAGCGUUAGAAGUCUAGAAGUAUAAAAUCAUUUUUCUCGACGAUAUUUGACUAUUGACUCCGAUUAUAACACCGAGAUAUGUUUUGAAAUAUGAGAUGUUUUUGUGGAUUGUUACAAAUGUCUGUCAAUUAAAUGUGUAAUAGUACGACUGACAAAUCAAGAUACAUAAGAGAUAUUUUUAAUGUCUUCUAUUAAGGGAAAUCAUUAAGAUAUGUCUAAAAAAUAUAUUGACAUUAGAAAAUAAUGUCAUUUAAAAUGUCAUAUUGCCUAACAUCGCAAGUCCGUAGUGUCACUCAACAAUAUUGAUACUUGAUAACAUUUUAUAGAUUUUACUUAUUUGCAAUUGUACUGUAAACACAUAUAAUUGACAGUCUACCUAUAUAAAAAAAAUUUCUUGAGUUUUUUUAAUAUGGGCCUAAUAUAAACUAGACUUCUUGACCAAUCAUGUAUAAAUACUUGGCGAAAUUGCAUUAGUUAAUUAUAUUGAUAAUUGUUUGUGAUAUGGGAUCGUUAUCAAUAAGCGGAGUGGAUUCAUGGUGAUUUCACUUUACAUAUACGAGAAGAAUAGAGCGAACAAAACUCACUAAACUGUAAUCCAAACCUUAUUACUUGUGUAUUAAAGCUGAUUUUUCAUUGUCAUAAGUUGGUGAUGUCUGACGAUGACGUUUUCCAAGGGUCCUAGUAUGUAAAAAUGAACAAAAACGUCUUUUUCAGUAUAAACAUUAUUAUUUCUUGAGAUUUCAAAUAUGAAUUGCACUACACAUUGCGAAUUCAUGAUAGCACAUUUACUUGGAUGUUUUAUUCCGUUCCGCUUUUGUUGAUUCGUUUCAAAUGCAAUUUAAGUCAAGGUUUUCAGUAAUAAGUGUGUAGAGUAUAUUGUUAUUGUGUUAUGAUAAGGAUCUGACUUUGUCGAAAUAUAUUGGUGGACUGAAUUGUUCACUUAGUUA